AUGACAACCGCACAAUCCCCGUCUCAGGACGGUUACAUGCCCAACGACCAGUCACACCUGAGCCGCGGAUUCAGUCUGGGCUCUGGUUCGCGACCAAACUCAUACAUCGCCAAUUCCAUCGUGCCCUCCGAUUUUGCCGUCUCCCAACCAACGCAUAUCACCGAGCCCUCCACUUUGCCUUAUACGUCACGCUUUAACGAGGACAUGGACGGUAGUCGCCGAAGCUCUGCUGUCAUUGACGGCUUUCCAACCGGAGCAAGUGGCUUGCAGCGAAGCGAUUCGCAAGCGUCUCAUACCAGCGCCGCCCCUUCUAGAAGUGGCACCCUAAAAAAGAAGCCAUCCCUAAGCAGAAAAGGCAGUCUCAAGCGAACCGGUAGCAGGCGCAGCAUGCGCGCAGGUAGUGUAAGAAGUAUGAAUCUUGGCGAAAAAGAGAAAUACGGUGACGAAGAACCUGGGAGCGCUUUCUACGUGCCAAUCCCCACCACUGGCAACCCUACGGAUGAGCUAGCAGCCCGUUUUCAAUCCUGGCGCAAAGUCCUUAAGGAUCUGGUCGUAUUCUUCAAAGACAUACAAAAGUCUUACGAGACAAGGGCCAAGUUGCUACUCUCAGCCGGAAACCUCGUUAACAAUAUGACCCUUCCUCCGACCUUUCUGGAGUCUGGUGGUCUAGCUGAUGCGACGGAGAUAUUGCGUGAUUAUCACAAGCAGGGUGUCGCUGAAGCCAAUAAAGCCCGAGAGGUGGAAACCGAGGUGAUCCUUCAGUUGACUGGCCUGAGAAGUGAUCUUCAACAGAAAACGAAGGAGAUCAAGAGCUUGUCGGGUGAUUUUAAGAAUAGCGUCGAUAAGGAAGUUGAGAACACGCGCAAAUCUGUGCGCAACUUGCAAGAAACAUUGGGCUUGGUCGAUGUUGAUCCAUCUGCUACCUCUGGCAAACACGACCCAUUCAUUCUCAGGUUGCAGGUCGACAAGCAGCUUGAGAAACAGAUCGAAGAAGAGAACUACUUGCAUAGGGCGUACCUGAACCUCGAGCACUCUGGGCGUGAGCUUGAGUCAAUCGUUGUCGGCGAAAUUCAGAAGGCCUACAAUGCUUACGCCAGUAUUUUGAAACGGGACGCGGAUGAAGCUUACGACACCGUAGAGAAGCUUCGAGCUGGCCCUAUUUCUAUGCCCAAAGAUCACGAAUGGAACAACUUUAUUUCGGAGAGUGACCAACUGGUCGACCCUCGAGUUCCAGUUCGAAGCAUCCAAAGUAUCACUUACCCCGGAAAAGAUCAUCCCGCAGCAGCUGAAGUUCGUUCCGGCAUGCUUGAACGCAAGAGCAAGUAUCUCAAGAGCUAUACUCCAGGAUGGUACGUGUUGUCUCCAACACAUCUCCACGAAUUCAAAUCGGCCGAUAGAAUAGCUUCCCAGACGCCCAUUAUGUCCCUAUAUCUACCAGAGCAGAAGCUUGGGUCACGCUCCCAACCCGAUUCCACGUCUCACAAAUUCAUGCUCAAAGGACGACAGACCGGCGCCAUGCAUCGCGGCCAUGCUUGGGUAUUCCGGGCUGAAUCCCAUGACACAAUGCUGGCCUGGUUUGACGACAUUGCAAAUCUAAUCGGAAGGACGGGGGAGGCUCGCAACGCAUUUGUUAGACGCCAUGUCCGAAGUCUAAGCGGCAAUAGCUUCAGAGAAAGUUCGAUCAGCAGCGACGGUGUGAUGGAUGAGGAUGAAGCCGAUCAAACUCCGUACUCGAGUCAAUCAGCUGUUCUUCGACGGGCGCCUUCAGGGGCAGCGGUAACACCGGCACAGCGCCCUCAACCAGGUGGGCGUUUCCCAAGUGAUAUACAAAUCGACCGCAACUUACAGGCCACCUUGUCACGUUCUAGUGGAGAGAGUAAUGGCGACCGAGAAGGUUUAGCGGAUGGGGAAGGAACCCCAUUUGACCAGAGUCAACCAAUAUCGCAAGACCCGAAUGACCCUACACAACACCAAUUACCCUAUCGAUCGAACAAUGAACACGAAACAUAUGCCGGAGAAUGGAUAGCCGCAUCCUCUCCAAGCGACCGCGACCCCAGUCGUACACAAGAACACGUAUCGGAGCUAUCAAGCCAACAAGAACCUCAACUCGUAUCCCCUUCCCACGCCCCGAUUAUCGUCAACAAUGAAGCGCAACACACAGAGCAGGGCAAUACGAACGUUGACCCAAAUUCCGCCAAUUCGCCUACGCCUUUCGUAUACGCCGGCGUAGGACCGAAUAUUUCGGAUGUCUCUGAGCUUCAGAGGCAAGAGUCUCAACACUCGAGACAGACACAUUCUACUUAUUCAUUAUCUGCCUCAACUCCAACGACCACGACAUCACCCGUUUCUGAGAGCAAUGCUGCCACACGCCCCGGGGCACAAUCGAAAGAGAGCGCUUCCACCAUUGACUUGCUCAAUAUGCCUGGCAAAUAUCCUCGUACUAUGACUGGCUAA